AUGGAAAAUGCUCCUGAAGUUCGUGAACCUGCCACGAACGGAGAAGAAACCCAGACGGAAGACAGAAAUGUGCCAGAUCCCGUCACUGUCUUGACGAAGUACUUCGGUUAUGUCAGUUUUCGCGGGAAUCAGGAAGAAGUUAUCAGAGCCGUUUUAUCAGGGUCUGACUGCUUCUGCAUAAUGCCUACCGGGGGUGGCAAGUCGCUGUGUUAUGAAAUUCCUGCGCUGAUGCAACCGGGUGUCGCCAUCGUCGUCUCUCCGCUCAUUGCGUUGAUGCAGAAUCAAGUGGAGUCUUUAAGGAAGAAGAACAUACCUGCCGAGUAUCUCUCUUCAUCCAUCUCUGCUGCACGGCGGGCAAAUAUUCUUGCUGAUCUGGGGAAUGGACGGCCAGCACUGAAGCUGCUGUAUGUGACCCCGGAAGCAGUGGACACGCACACCAUAAUGAGUGUCUUCAGGAAGCUUCAUGACAGAGGGCUUCUCAGCCUCUUCGCUGUAGAUGAGGCCCAUUGCAUUUCAUCAUGGGGACAUGAUUUCAGGCCUGCAUAUCGCAGACUCUCCUCUCUUCGACAACGAUUCUCCAAUGUUCCAAUCCUCGCUCUCACCGCCACGGCUGUUGCAAAGGUGCGAGAGGACAUUGUGUCAUCUCUCUGCCUUCGCAACCCUACAACCCUGAUCUCCUCCUUCAACCGACCCAACAUCUACUACGAAGUGCGCUACAAGGACCUCAUGGACCCGUACAAGGACUUGCGCGACACCCUGCUGGCGUCGAAGCAGCAGUGCGGCAUCAUCUACUGCCACUCCCGCAGCACCUGUGACGAGCUGGCCUGCUGGCUCACCCGCGACGGGCUCAAAUGCAAAGUGUACCAUGCAGGGCUGUCCACCGCAGCUCGCACGGAAGCACUGGAGGACUGGUCACGAGGGAAGAUCCCUAUUAUGAUUGCCACUGUCGCCUUUGGAAUGGGCAUUGACCGUGGGAUAGUGCGGCUGGUGUGCCAUUACUCCCUGCCCAAGUCCAUCGAGGCCUUCUACCAGGAGUCGGGGCGAGCAGGCAGGGACCAGCAGCCGUGCCGCAGCAUUCUGUACUAUGGCGUGCAGGACAAACGAACCAUGGAAUUUAUAAUAAAGAAGGACGACGGGUCACGGGGCAAAGGCCCGCCACAACCUCAGCGAAUCAAGAAUGCCCUGGAUGCCUUUCAAAAGAUGGUGGACUAUUGCGAGCUCCUGUCAUGCCGCCGAAUGAAGUUGCUGACACAUUUCGGAGAGACGGCCACCCCAAGGCUGUGUGCAGGGGGCUGUGAUGUGUGCAAGACGCCACACACAGUGAAAGCGGCUCUUCAGGAGCUUCGGGAGAGUGGUGCCGUGGGGGGCAGCGGUGGCGGCAUGCAGCCAAGGGUGCAAAUGGGCAGGGCGCCAUUAUCCAGCAAGUUGAAGGAUCUGGUGGAGAGCGAGUUCUGGAAGAGGGAUGAUGAGGAGGAGGAGGAGCCUGAGGAGAGCAUCUCCGGCUCUGAUGGGGAGGAUGAAGCAUCGGAGAAGAUUGCUCGAGUGGAGAGGAGGAUGGGCAAGAGGCCCUCGUUUGCCAGCAAGAUGGACGCAAUGAGCCGAGCUGAGGAGGCAUACAACCGCGAGCAUGCAGCACCGAGAAGCAGGCUGUCAUCCCUGCGACAACAGUUUAAGGUCCCAAGGCUAGCAAGUGGUGUAUCGUCUCCCAAUACAGGGUUCACAUCUGCAAGAUCCGUGAUGGCAGCAUCAUCCCUUUCAAAUCGGGCACCAGCUAAAUCUCACAAGGAACAAGAAGAUCCUUUUUGGAGGCUUCAUGGUCACCAAUACCGAGGAUUGAGCAACUACACUGACGCAAUUGAGACAUCAGCAGCAAAUCUGAGCAUGCAUUGGAACAGCCUCUUCAUCAUGAGCGACAGUCAGACUGUCAUCAAGAAUAUGGAGAGCUAUGUGGCUACUAUUUCAGAUGCCCCAUUGCUCAUGUUUGACAACUUGACAGACAGAACAGUUCUGGAACGAGUUGGUGGCCAUGUGUAUGUCCCUGCGGACGAGAAGAGAGGCAUUCAAGAUCAUUUCCUUGCAAGCUUCUCUCUGGCAUACAAGAUCAGCGACCAUGCUAUCGGCACGCUUUCCUCGAACGUGUUUCGAGUUUUGGUGCAGCUUAUGGGAGCUGAGAGAAAGAUGGCAAUGGAUCUCGACGAAGACAUGAUGAUGGAGGGUGCGUUACAGGCGUACGAGGCGGAAGACGACGAGGCGCUGCUGAGUCCAGGCCACCAGGACGGCGCACACGAGCAGCAUGACCACAGAAACGAGGAGCAGCGGCAGCAGCAGUUGCAGCAGCAAGAGGAGUUUAGGGAAGCGGAGAUGCACGCCGCGACCGAUGUUGAUGCUCUUGCGAAGGACUCGGGGACGGGUGGCGGGACGGAUCGUGUGGGGGACGGCGCUGAAGCGGCGGUCGACGAGGGAGCGGCGAAGCUGCAGGAGGGGCAGGAGAAACGGGAGGACAAGGUUCCGGCAGGAAUCGGAGCGAAGCGAAAGGUGUAUCGCGUUCCGUGCCACGCGAGCUGGUUUCGAUGGGACAAGAUCCACCCGUUGGAGAAGCGUGGGGUUCCAGAGUUCUUCCUCCCAACACCCCCACCACAGCCACCCACAGCCACCAUGCUUCCUCCUCCUCCUCCCCCUCCCACCAAAACCCCCACGCUUUACAAAGAGUACCGAGACGCCAUUAUCACCAUGUACUGCCAGAUGCCGCCUGCCGAUUGGCCGCUUACUUUCACACUCAAGCAAGAGGGUCUCAUGGCGUCGGAUUUGGUCUGCACCUUCGCUCGGGGAGCCGUGCCUGGUGCUAGGCCCGGAGCUGUAGGUUCGGCAGCAGGUCCGGGAGUAGCUGGAGCGAGGAAGCCUGGGACGGUGCGAACUGCUGAGCUGGCGCUGCUGGGAAUGGUGGGGGAUGCGAAGUGUAGCACGUGUGAUGCUGACGUGGGAGAAGAAACAGCAGCUGGAAAGGCAGAGGAGACUGUUACAGAGGCCAAGGCCUUAGAAAAAGACUCGUCAAGAAGAGGCACGAAGAGAAAGGGAUCGGAUCUAGAGCCUCUGUUCCCUGAGCGGCCUUUGAAACCAUCAAUAAUGGGCCUAGACGAACCAAUCCCGUUUGGCGACAGUGGUAACCCUAUCAUGGCUCAGGUGGCGUUUAUCUCGGGUGUGGCGGGUCCGCGAGUGGCUGCUGCUGCUGCCCAGGCUGCUCUGGCUGCGCUUGUGCUUGAAGACCCGUCUGCCCUUGCUGAGCUGCACCAGGCUGCUGCUGAGGAAGAGGCGAGGGCAGUGGCUGCAGGGCAAGAGGCGAAGGCAGUGGCUGCAGAGCAAGAGGCAGGAGCAGCAGCAACUGCAGCAGAGCAUGAGGCGAUGGCAGGGGCAGGGGCAGGGGCAGGGGCAGGGGCAGGGGCAGGGGCAGGGGCAGGGGCAGGGGCACCAGCAGCAGCAGGAGAAGGAGGAGGAGGGGAAUUAGCAGCCAAGGGAGAGGAAGAGGGGAUUGCAGUUCAGAUGGAGAGAGGAGGAGAGGAGAACGAGGGACAGAAAGAGGAGGGGGCUGGGGAAGUGAGCAAGAAAGAGAGUGAUGAUGGAAUUGCUGGCAUGGAUGUUGAUGGUGACGUUGGCAUUGAUGGUGCGCUGCGCAUUCGAGCUGCUGCUGCCACGGCCAUGGCUGCCGCAGCGGUUAAGGCGAGGCUGAUGGCGGAGGAGGAGGAGCGGGAGAUGCGACGAGUGAUGGCUGAAUUGGUGGCGAAACAGUGUUUGAAGCUUGAAAAGAAGAUGCUUCAGUUUGAGAGGCUGGAGCAGCUGAUGGCAAGGGAGAGAGCGAGCAUAGACAGGCAGAGGGCAGCGCUGUUUGAGGAGAGAAUGAGGCUCGUCAGGGAGAGAGCUGCUAUUCGUGCUGCUGCUGCUGGUGGUAUUGGUGCUGAUGCUGGCGGUGGUGGUGGUAUUAUUGGUGGUGUUGCUACUGAUGGUGCCGGUUAA